UUGUGCAGCAGCAGAGUCUCGAACCGAACUACCGUUGAACAUGCCCUUAAAAGGCCUCAAGCUGCAGCCGAGCUGCCACAGCAUCUCCUUAGAAUUAACCCAUCUCUAAAUCACACACUCUGACCUCUAAACCACGUGUGUUCAUGUUCUUCCUUUGGUUUGGGGAGCUUUGUGGAUUUUACCACUGUUGAACUUCCUUUUUCUUUCUAACUUCAUGAUCACCAGCUUCGUCGUUAGUUGAUGAAGAAACCAGCCAGACACUGAUUGGAUGAAUCUCUGGAAGACAAAGCUGUAGUGAUGCUGUCAGAUCACAGAUCCAGGUCUGUCUACCGGAGAAUGAACACUGACCGCAAAGACAGACCGUCUGUGCUCUCAAACACCGUCUGUACUUCAGCCAUCAGCUCAGCAGACCUGCACAGAGAUGUUGAUCCGGUGGUGUUUGCCAUUAGCAGAGGGGAUUUGGAGGCCGUUAUUAAUCUGACAGCAUCUGCUCCUCACAGCCUGCAGAAGGAGAACAAAGAUGGGUGGAUACCUCUGCACCACGCCGCCUUCUGUGGGCAGACGGAGUGCGUGAAGGCUCUUCUGAAGGCCCAUCCAGGUUCAGUAGACAAGCGCACCCUGCAGGAACACACGGCUUUGCUCAUCGCUGUUUCUCAUCAACACCUCCCGUGCGUGCGAUGCCUCCUGCAGGCGGGAGCCGACCCUGAUAUCAGCAGCAAGGAUAAAGAAACACCUUUAUACAAAGCAUGCAAGCUGGAAAACGUGGACAUGGUGAGGCUCAUUCUUUCAUAUGGGCCCACUGUGACCCAGCGGUGUGGCCGAAGCUGGACAGCCUUCCACGAGGCAGUAUCCAAGAACAACACUGAGAUCUGUGAGAUGCUGCUCGGGGCCGGGGCCGCCAUCAAUCCACCCAACACCUACAGCGUCGCCCCACUCAUUGUAGCCGCUCAGCAAGGACAGAUGAGGGUGCUGUGUUACCUUAUUGAUAAAGGGGCUAAUGUGAAUAUGCAGACGUGUGAUGGUGCGACAGCGCUGCACGAGGCCAGUAAAUAUGGCCACAAGGAAAUUGUGAACAUUCUGCUGUCUAAAAAUGCAGAUGCUAACAAGCCCACAAACUCUGGAUUGCUGCCUCUGCAUACUGCUGCCAAACAGGGACACCACGAGAUCGUGUCGCUGCUCAUCUCAGUAACGAGCCGAGCCAGGCUUCGCCACGUUUGGAUCAGCCCUCUCCACCUGGCGGCCGAGCACAACAGACACGGCGUGGCGGCUGUGCUGCUGAAGGCAGGUGCUGAUGUCAAUGCCACGCUGGCUCCCAGUCACUCCAAGCAGUACGCUGAUCAGCGCUCCACUUCCCUCUACUUUGCCGUCACUAACGGCAGCACAGAGACAGUAGAGGUUUUGGUGAACGCAGGCGCCAGUCUGAGUCUGGACCCAGUCAGUCCUUUACUGGCAGCUGUGCGGCGGGGCUGUGCCCACACUGUGUCCUUGCUGCUGGACAGAGGAGCCGAUGUCCUCGCCAGAAUUCCAUCGUAUCCCACAACAUUCCCUGCUGUUAUUGCACUUUGUCUGAAUAAUCUACCUCUGCUCAAACUGCUUUUGGACAAUGGUUGCGACCCCCUUUCCUGUUUUGCCUGCACAUUUGGCAGCUCCCCUCAUCCAGCCCGUGGACAUGUUUUGCAGAACAGCGGUGUGGUUUCUUUAAGCUGCACUGAGCCACCAGAAAAGGCAAUACAAUUCUGUGAAUGGAUUUCUGCACCGGAGGUGUGUAACACGGCCGGGCCCAUCGUAGAUUUGCUGCUCCAGUAUGUUGGUCCCGUUCAGUUGUGCAACCAACUCAUCGAGCUACUGGACAGCCGAGAAGAUUGGAUCACUGUUAAGAGGAAGUUGCUGUCACCUCCUCCACUGCUCCACCUCUGCCGAAUAAGGAUUCGAACUCACAUAGGAAGAGAUAGACUGAAGUCUCUCAGGAGCCUUCCUCUGCCGGACAGACUGAUCAGAUACCUGAGCCUGAUUACCUGACUCUCAAAUAAUCUGAAAGUGAUCCAGGAACAGUACCAGAGACACGGACACACGUAUUUUUGUGGUUCCUUUUCAUAUUUUUGAUGCAUCUGCAGAUAGUCUCAUUAGAGCAAUUCAGAAUGUCUAUUUAUAAGUGAUGUGAUGUGACAAGGAGUGUGAGCGUGUUUUGUACUUUAAGAGAAAUGAGAGAAGAUAUCCUGAGGGAAAAGGAGGAGUUCUUGAGGGAAAUCGAAUCAUUUCAUUUAUUUAAAAAUAAAAGCCAUUGUUCCAAA